UGUCUGGGUUGUAGCAUGUACAGACUGCAUACAGUACAGCAGCAGCAAAAGCAGCACUUACAGAAAACAAAGGGUUAACCUUCACUUGCAACAACGGAGAAAGAAAAAAAAUGACAAGAGGAAGGGGGAGUAAACCACUAUAGUGUAGCACUUACCAAAAUUGAUAUUUCUGGCUAGUACUGAAACGUGUAUGCUAACGUGUUUCACUUCAACAGGGGCUGAAUGGAUAACCAUGGCAACAGUAUAAGUUACAGCGUGAGCUGCUGAUAAACACUGAAACGCUGUAACACAGACCACUGCAAUAGACGUUGUUACAGGUAGGGGAAAGAAAAGAGAAAAAGGAGAGCAACGGGUCGUGCUGCAGGGAGUGGGACAGGUGAUGAGCUGGAAUAGAUCAUGUCUGAAGUACAGGGAACCGUCGAGUUUUCUGUGGAGCUGCACAAAUUUUAUAAUGUGGAUCUUUUUCAAAGAGGGUACUACCAGGUGAGAGCUGCUUUGAAAAUAUCAUCUCGUAUCCCACACCGACUGAUAGCGACAGCAUCAACACCCACAGGGGGAUCUGCAGGGGACUCCAGCUCCACUGCUGCUGCCUGUGUUCAUGACAAUACAGUGUUCAGCAGGGUAUUCCAGAUCCUGUACAGGAAUGAAGAGAUCGUUGUCAACGAUCCCAUGAACUUCAGGGUCCACUUGCUCCUGGAUGGAGAAAAGGUGGAAGAAGCCCUGAAUGAAGUGGAUUUUCAGCUCAAGCUGGACCUGCAUUUCACUGACACUGAGCAACAGCUGAGCGACAUUGCUACAGUUCCCAUGAUAAGCACUCGGACUCUUGGCCUUCACUUCCACCCACGACAAGGCCUGCACCACCAUGUUCCUGUCAUGUUUGACUACUUCCACCUCUCAGUCAUAUCCAUCACUGUACAUGCUUCUCUGAUUGCCUUACACCAACCAUUAAUCAGUUUCACUCAUUCAGGAAAGGGCUCAUUAUUGGGGAAAGGUUUCGUAGAAAAUGGAGCAGAUCAGACCACCAUGUCUUUAGAAAGCCUUAUAUUUGGGGCUGGAUACUGCAAACCUGUUAUAACAGAGGGCAGUUUCUAUGUCCCUUCUGAAAACUGCAUGCAGCGUGCAUACUCCUGGCACAGGAGGCUUUGCCACCUGCUGUUGAACGCACACAGAGGACUCAGGAUCUAUUACAUGGGCCUGAUGAAGGAGAUCCCUGAAUUGCCACAAACGGAGAUUGAAGAACUUCCCAUUGAGGAAACACUAAAACAACUGUCUGUUGAACUGCAGGUGCAGAGUAGUCAUGAUAAAGUUGUGGAGCAGAUUAGCAGAGAUUUGACUCGGCUCUGUUCCCAUCUGGUGGCUCUGUGGAGCCACUUUCUAGACACAGCUACUCUUCAGGCUGAAGUUACAUCCUACUUGGCUCAGGAACACCACACGCUAAGGGUCCGAAGAUUUUCAGAAGCAUACUUUUUCACAGAACAUCACAAACAUGCAUCUCUGACCUUCCAAGAAGAGCUCAUCCAGCGACAAAAUGAGAUUGCACCUCAAGCUCGGGGUUCAGAGUAUCUCUCUAAGAUGCCUCCUCUGCCUGUUGAGUGCCUGGAUAUAGAUGGGGACUGGAACUCUCUUCCCAUCAUCUUUGAAGACAGAUAUAUAGAGCUCCCCAGUGUGGAUGAGGACUUGGGCAGUGCCACACUCUCCAUGCCACAUGUGCCCACUGCUAGUGGAAACAAAGAAGACAAGGAGAUCACUUCUUUUGAAGAGUCGGAAAUGGACAGAAAAGUCUCCCCAACAUGGGAGCAUGCUUCUGGAAAACUACCAAUGAAUGAAAACCUUUUGAAAAGUUAUAAUUGCACAGAUCUGUCAGCGUAUGUUUCUUUGAGGGAAGAACAUGAGGAAAGCAAUAAUAACCUAAAACCCAGUGAUUCCUUAGAAGGCAGUGCAGUGAGUAAUUCUCAGGAUAAUGAACCUCAUGAUUCAGUGCUGGAGGGAAGGAUUGCUGAUCCAAUGGGGGGAGACAGCAGCUCUAACACUGGUCUGAAAUAUAUUGAGGUCAGGCCAAGUGAUACAGACCCAUACAGAGGAGAAGCAGUCUUAGUAGUAACAACAUCAAACAAAACAAACUUAAACGAGGCUGAGAGCUUAUCUCCGUCUUGCCAUUCAAAUGAGUUGGAAGGGAAAGGGCAUGAAAGCAGUGUUUUAGUUAAGAAUGAUCUAAAUGAGUCCAAUGAGUAUGAAUCUAAAUCCACCACAAAUCGAGCAGAGAUAUCACCUCAUGGGGGCAAGAUUUAUGAAAAUCAAGACAUGCUGCUGUCUGUCACAGAUACUUCCGUCUCAGAGAUGGAAAGGACAGCAACAGUGCCAAGCAAAUGUAAACCAGCUGAAAACAAUACAUAUGGGGCAGGAAAGGAUGGCCUCACCAGGAGCUUAAGGACCAUGAAGAGAUCUUCUUCUGUGAUUUCUGAUUCCGGGAUAGAGAGUGAGCCCAGCUCAGUAGCCUGGCUGGAUGUUCGAAUCAGACCUCAGGACUUAUCCAGUGAGCGGGACCUGCUGCACCAGCUCGUAAGAAGGCACGGCAUUCACCGAAACUCCCUGGAGGGGUGUCAGACCGAAAGUAACGCAAGCUUGCCCAGUGGGAUACAGGCAUCCCUGACGUCAAUCAGCUCCUUGCCCUAUGAAGAAGAAGAACAGGAAGUGGAACUCAGCAAGCUGACCAAAUCUGUCUCCGCUCCUCAGAUAAGCAGCCCUGAGGAGGACCUAGAGACGAACCAGGACCCGAGACAAAGGGGCGACGAGUCUCAAAGCUGUACAGCUGUGGGAGAGAACAUAAUGAGACAAAAUGGUCGGCUAGUUGGAAAUGCGUCUUCUUUGGAGGAUAUCCUGGAAGGGGACAUGCCAGAGUGUGUAACAAUUCAUAGACAAAGUAGUAAAAAUGAACACAGGGACAUAAACAUUUGUGAGGACUAUAACUGUUCCAAAGAAAUUAACAUACCAAGCAUUCUGGAAAACCAGGUAGUUCUCUGCACGGUGGAUGCAGUAUUACAAGGUGUUCCAGAGGCAUUUCUUUAUAAAAGGUUUGUUAAUGAAGAACUUCCAAAACACACUGGGACUCAACCUGACAAAUCAAUAUUUUACACAUCAGCUAGUUCCCCUAUAACCCAAGAGAACUACAAAAAUGACAGCAUGCCAAAUUGUGGUGAUCAAUUGGACAUUCAAACAGUCCCACACCUCAGUGACAGGGUGCCAGCAUUUGAUUUAAAAGAAGGUGAUUUGACUGAAGGAGAGUUUAGCUCUUUUUUGGACAGCACUUCCAAAGCAACUCUGUGUGAAUCAGAUCAGUGUUUCCAUCAAAUAGAACUGAAUGAGGAGGAUAGACUGGAGCGAGUCCACUACCAUGAAUGUCAAGACAAUGAACAGGAAAACAGGCAUGAUCCCAAAACUGAUAAAAGCAAUGACUGUGAACAUCCUGCUUUGCCCAGUCAAGCGAAUUCUUCAAACAUUCCUAGCUCAGGCUUGGCAUUCAUGAACAGGAAGGUAGUAGAGGUGGUUAACUUAUCAGUUUCGUGCACUCCAACUUGUCUACCAUUCUCUUCUGUGCUCAGGGAUUCUCCAUCUGUCAGUGGGUUUUCAAUGAGGCAGGCAACAUCGCCCAUCACCAGACAGCCUCUGGGCUCAUUUGGUGUGAUCUCUUCUAAUUCAUUUUGUGUGGAUGAAGAAACCAGUGAGCGAAUGCUUAAUUUCUAUAAGGCCAAAGAUGAUCUUCUAAAUGAGCUGAGGUUUCGAGGUACACUGUACAGCAAUCUGCCCCAGCUGGCCUCUGAUAUGCCAUAUUUUCCACCUGAGGAAGAGGAAGAGAAUUUCGAGGAUGGCAUUCAUCUUGUAAUCUGUGUUCAUGGUCUGGAUGGCAAUAGUGCAGAUCUCCGGCUGGUAAAGACUUUUAUUGAGCUCGGGCUGCCUGGAUCAAAACUGGACUUCCUGAUGUCAGAAAGAAACCAGGCUGACACCUUUGCUGAUUUUGACACAAUGACAGACAGACUUCUGGAUGAGAUCAUUCAGCACAUUCAACUGUAUAACCUCACCAUAGCCAGAAUAAGCUUCAUUGGGCAUUCACUGGGCAACAUCAUAAUUCGGUCGGUGCUGACGCGACCCCGCUUCCGAUAUUACCUCAACAAGCUGCACACGUUCCUGUCACUGUCUGGGCCCCACCUGGGAACGCUCUAUAACACCAGCACUUUGGUCAGCACAGGUCUCUGGCUCAUGCAGAAGUUUAAGAAAUCUGGAUCAUUGUUACAAUUAACCUUCAGAGACCACUCAGAUCCUCGAAAGACCUUUCUGUACUUGCUGAGCCAGAAGCCAGGACUGCAGCAUUUUAAGAAUGUUGUGUUGGUGGCAUCUCCACAAGACCGUUAUGUUCCCUUUCAUUCUGCACGGAUAGAGAUGUGUAGAACAGCUUUAAAAGACAGAGGCACAGGCCCAGUUUACGCAGAGAUGAUCAACAACCUGCUACAGCCCUUAUUAGAUGCCAAGGAGUGCAAUCUGAUUCGGCAGAACGUGUUCCAUGCCCUGCCAAACACUGCCAACACCCUGAUCGGAAGAGCAGCCCACAUUGCAGUGCUCGAUUCCGAGUUAUUCCUGGAGAAGUUUUUUCUGGUGGCUGGACUUAAUUAUUUCAAAUAAUAUUCUCUCACGUUUUGCAUAAUGUGAGCAUUUAGAUAGCACUCAGCUGUUUGGCAUGCCAUUAAAAAAUGUUGUCCAUUAACAAAUUUAAAAAAACAAAAACUGAGAAGCUUUGUGAUUCUGUUGUAGAUUCUGAAGUCACUCUUUACCAAACAAACUGCACCUCUUACUGUAUUUGACCCUUUGUGGUCCAUUUAUUCAGCGCCUCUCAGGCGCGUCGGGUCCAAUUUAUUUUCACACGCGCUGUUUAUUUUACACAUGCUGUUUAAAAGUAAUUUUAUUCACAGCAAAACAGAUUUAAAAGGCUCUGCAUAUCAACAAUAUGGUAUUGGACUGGAAAGGAACAUUUUUUAUGUCGGACCUGGUCCAACAUAGGACCGCAAAGGGUUUAAGUUACUUAAAAAUAUUGGAACUAUUUAAACUGGUGUUUUACAAGCAUAUUGGUAAUUUGUGGUAACAGAGUACAUUACUUCACUUGGGCCUAAUUUGCAAAAUUAACUGUUUUAUAGGCUACACAUAUAUUAAUUGAUGACAGAAAAUAUUGUAUUAACUUUUUUAUGGUCAUAUUAUAUCUUUUCUCAUGGAAUAACCACUUUUCUAACACCAGUUUAAAAUGUGAAAACUUGAAAACUACCAAAGCAUGUAGACGACUGGUUUGCUUUGGCCUGGUUUGAGGUGAAAACCAAGCAUUUUUACGCAUUUUUUGAAUUUGCAUUGUGUUUGAUCUUUUACAGGGUUUACAAAGUUUGCGCUAAGUUUAUAAAGGCACGAGAGAGGUGUGGAUGUAUCCAUUAAUCCCAUCAGAAAUGGAUAAACACACACACACACACAUAUCUAUAUCUAUUUAAUUUGCCUUGUGACAUGUUUUCAAAUACUAAGCCAUGGUUGAAUGUGAAGGUUAUUAAGCUAGUUGCUCCAUAGUUGUGAUUUUCAUCCUCCUCAGUAUAUUGUUCAGCUUCUUGUGCCCAGUCUUCUCUUAGUCUUAGUUUACAGCAUAAUAUCAAAAAUCAGAACAUUGAAAAUACGAAUGGCUCAGAAAUCGAUAUAGAAAACAUUGUACUGUACUGGUAAAGUACUGUACACUACAGUACUGUGAAACUGAAACAAAAACGAUGCUUCAAGUAAAGCCUGACCCAGUUUAAAACUACAUGCAUACAUUUGUAUGGCCAUUCUACUGUUAUUAAUAUUACACCAGCUUACAGUAUGUGCAUUUAUGAAUCUAAUUUAAACCAAAUGCAGCAAAAGUAAUAAAUAAGUAUGUUCUAAAAUACAAUUUGUAUGGUUCGCUACUGGCCACAGUACUGUAUAUCCAGCAAUGUAAAGAGCUAUUCGUGGACAAAACCUUGGAAAUAGUUUUCAUGAUGUUGUCAGAUCAUUUUACUGAGAACCUAAACAAACUUUAUUGUGCAUGUGAUAUACUUUAACCCUGAAAUUAUAGUGCAUGUUUCUAAUUGAACUUCACUGAAGGUUAGAUCAUAUUUGUUUGUUAUAUCCUGUUGGAUAUCUGUUCAAUUAAAUAUACAUUUGUGUGUGAAGGGAUGUAUAACUGCAAUGUAAAAACAUGCCAAGCCGUUUGUUUGUAUGUAUUCAAAAUGUUGAAAUGAUUAUAUAUAUAUAUAUAUAUAUAUAUAUAUAUAUAUAUAUAUAUAUAUAUAUAUA